GAAUCGGCUUCAGAAUCGUGACGAACCUCGCAGGCACUCGGGGAUCGCCCGUCGUUUUCUUGGUUUUUAUGUUUAUAAAAAUUGUUUUAUUGACGCGCGUCCCACACAUACGAAAACUAGCACGUGAACCGUGAUUUUUUUUUCGUUCCCGAGAUCGAUCGUUUCGACGUGCAGAAAUUAUUUGCCAGUCGAAUCGAGCGUACAUGUAUAGAGGUUAACAACACGAUACCGCAUAAUAUUGUUAUCGUAUUCAAGCGCAAAUCGAAAAUUUCGCGAAAAUUCCAAUAGCAAAGAAGUUCGCGAAAACGUUCGCACGCACGAAACUGUAUAACUUUUACGCGGCGCUACACGCAUCAUGACGACCUGCAAAUCUUGUUUCGCGUUGAUGAGCUCACUAGUCCUGUUAUCCUGCGCGCUGCGAUAUGCGGUCGCAGUUCAGACGGACGCACAAGCAAUGAUGUAUUUAUCUCAAUUUGGUUACUUGAGCCCUUCGAUGAAAAAUCCAAAUUCAGGUCAUAUCAUGUCUGAGGAAACAAUGGCUCGAGCGUUAAUGGAGUUUCAAUCAUUCGUUGGUCUAAAUCUGACAGGUCAUUUGGAUGACGAAACGCUACACUAUAUGAGUAUGCCUAGAUGUGGUGUCCGAGACAAAGUGGGAUUUGCCACAGACUCCAGGUCUAGAAGAUAUGCUCUACAAGGUAGCCGAUGGAGGGUGAAAGAUUUGACGUAUAAAAUAUCCAAGUAUCCUAAACUGCUGGGUAAGUCGGAAACGGACUCGGAAAUCCGGAAAGCAUUCGACGUAUGGUCUGAAGUUACACCGUUGACGUUUACUCACAAAAAGUCCGGACAAGUACACAUUGAAAUCAGAUUUGAAAAAGGCGAACACGGCGAUGGGGAUCCAUUCGACGGUCCAGGUGGAACUUUAGCACAUGCUUUCUUUCCAGUGUACGGUGGUGAUGCUCAUUUUGAUGAUUCAGAAAAAUGGUCAAUAGGUUCAUUUAAAGGUACUAAUUUGUUCCAAGUAGCAGCUCAUGAAUUUGGUCACUCGUUAGGAUUAUCUCACUCGGAUGUCCGGUCCGCAUUAAUGGCACCGUUCUAUAGAGGUUAUAAUCCGUCAUUUAAUUUGGAUAGCGAUGACGUAGAAGCCAUUCAGGCUCUGUACGGUGCUAACACCUCGGCAGAAGGAUCAGACAACGACGACGACAGUACUAGCCAAGGAUCGGGUAAAAAGACAACAACGCAAGAACCGCCGGGCACAGAGGGCAGCGACGCUGAAUUAUGCACAGACACUAAAGUGAACGCUUUGUUCAAUUCGGCCGCCGGUGAAACGUUUGUGUUUAAAGGUGAUUAUUAUUGGAAGUUGACUGACGACGGACUCGCUCAAGGAUUUCCCAAGCCUAUCGCAGGCACGUGGUCUGGCCUUCCAGGCAGCAUAGACGCUGCAUUUACGUAUAAAAACGGUAAAACUUAUUUCUUCAAAGGCACAAAGUAUUGGAAGUACACUGACACCACAAUGGAUGACGGGUAUCCAAAAGACAUAGCCGAAGGCUUUGCCGGUAUCCCGGAUAAUGUUGACGCCGCUCUAGUUUGGAGCGGGAACGGAAAGAUUUACUUUUUCAAAGGCUCAAAGUUUUGGAAAUUCGACCCAAUGCAAAAACCUCCUGUAAAGAGCACGUAUCCGAAACCUAUUAGCAAUUGGGACGGUAUACCAGAUAACAUAGACGCAGUUUUGCAUUACACGAAUGGCUAUACAUAUUUCUUCAAAGACGAGAACUAUUACAGAUUCAACGACAGGACAUUUGCAGUCGAUAUUGCAGACCCACCUUUCCCCCGUAAUGCUGGAUAUUGGUGGUUUGGUUGUAGAGCUGAAAAUAAGGGACAUCGGCAAGAAGUGACUGCAGCGCCCAGUGUACUCAGACCGACGUGGCUGGAAGUGAGACGGGAUCACAAGGGCAAUCAAAACACAGACGUCGGUGAUCUGAUAUUGGACGCAGAUAACUCUAGAAAAUUCAACGAGACGCAGUUGAGGUUUGCUAGAAGUAGUUCACCAAAACACACAGUCAAUGCCUUGUGUAUUAUCUUGACCUCGUUGUGGUGGUGCAUUUCCUGAAAUUUAGGAACCAGAUCCAGAGUUUCCGUGUUCCAGGUGUUUCAGAUACUCAACCGUUCGCAAUUUAUAACUGUGAUAAAAACCAAACUACUUACCCAUUUAUAUGAUUAUUGUACCUAUAUUUUUCAUAUUUUUGUAUGUUUAUAUUUAUAUUUAUUUAUUUAUAAUUUAUUAAAUGACCGAUUCAUUUGAAAAACCAACCAAUUUGUUUGUAAUACUUAUUAAGUAUGUUAAAUUAAUUUUUGGAUUCAUAUCUAAUAAUAAUUAUAAUAUUGUAAAAUAACUUGUAUUGCUGCUAUUUUGACUUAUUAGUCUAUUUCUUUUUAAUUAAUUUUUUUAUUUGUAUAGUUGCCACUCACCAAUACUAUUUAAUAUUUUAUAAUCAUAAUUAGAAUAUUCAAUGAUUUUUUUCCUAUACUCCUAUAACUAAGUAGCUGUCAUAAAUAUGAUUUCGAAAUGAUAAUGUUACAGGAACAUUUUAGAAUAUUUUAAAUUAUAAUAACGAUUCUAUUUUUAAAACGUUAUCAUCUCCUAAAAUGUCAUCUGCAAUAUAUUGUCUUUAAUGUUAUAAUCUUAUUAUUAUUUCAUCAACAUUAAAUUAAUUAAGUCUUCUUAUUUUAUGUCGUAUAUUCGUAUUAUAUUAUAGAAAUUAUUUUAUAUUGUACAAAAGCCAGUGAAUUGAUCGAUAACGUGUUUAUAGCAAAGUCGAUUUUUAUACAAUAUUGAAUUUGCUUGUCAAGAUAAUAUUAAUUAAUAAUUUUAAGUCAUUUUAGAAUCAAAAAUUGUGUAGUAUGCUCUAAUUGUUCGUAUUUAUGUAUAUCAAUACCUAAUUAUUUUGUUUUUUGAAGAUUAAACAUAUUACUUUGUAUGAAAAUGU